AUCCGUGCGCUUCUGGCCAUUCUACGACGUGGGUCCCGCCAGCAUUGAUCGCUAUAUUGUGUGUAGUCGGGACUUGAAGGGUCUCAGCACUCUUUGCGGUUGGUAAAGUUCGGAAUUGUUGUUUUGUUUUGUUUUGUUUCGGUUGCCUCAGAGAUCCGUGAAUUCUAUUGUUGCCCGAUCACGUAGCUACAUUGGCUGAGGUUGGGCUGCUACGGAGGCGGGAGAUGCGCAGGAGCGAUGUGAUUGCGUGUUGGAUCCUUUGCUAGUUUUGUGGGGUGGUGACGCGGGGAGGAGAGGCUGCGAAGGAGCACCGUGAUCGUGUGGUGUAUUCUUGCCAAUUCUGUGGGGUGACGCUGAGGGCGGUGUAUACGAGGGAGUUGCGUAGGAGCACUGUGAUUGAGUGUUGUGUCGUUGUCAAUUCUGUGGGCUGACGCUGAGAGAGGUGUGCGAGGAAACUGCUUUAGCGUUACUAUGGGUUCGCGACACCUAAACCAGAUGCUCGGAUAUUGUCCCGAACCUCAGGUGCCGACGCACACUGAUGCUCCCGUAAACUCAAAAUACGGGACUCAUAUGACGGUCAAAGCGCCUAAUGUUUCAAAUGCUAGCAAGGAGGUUCAGGAGAAAUUGAUAGUCCUGGCCUCCUACAUGAAGAAAAAAUAUGGAGCCACAUGUGAUAUCGACACAAAAAACAAUGCUAUCUAUAUAACUUCUUUAGAUGGACGCCUGCAUAUUUCCAACGUUAUGAAAUACGUGCGAAACCACCUUCAUCAAUCGAGUGAGCAAGUUUGAACUGGCUGGACAAUUUAACAUGUCACAAUCUGAUUAUUAGGCUGUGAGCUACGUGAACAAGGCGGGACGUUUUUGGGAAUCUUUCUGGUUCUGCGAAGGAAGAUAAUGCAAUACUUCGUUUACAUUUUUUAGGGUGGUUUUCAAAUAUUGAGUGCUUCUGUGGAUAUUGUAAUUAGAAUAUUUCACAGCGCACUGUUGCACUGAAUCGCUGGUGAUUUUGAAGAAACAUUAGAGAUAAACUUGUAGGAGGAAGCAAGAAAUGUUCUACUCUGAAUGUAAAUUUAUUUUUUGAUUACAAAUCUGCACAUAUGUAUA